CUAUAGUACAAGAUGGUUUGGUAUCGGUUUUGGUACAAAUCGAGAUGAUAUAUAUAUAUACUCCCUCCGUCCGGAAAUGAUGUUCUCAUUGUACGUUUUUUCUAUCCGGGAAUGAUGUUCCCAUUGUACGCUUUUUCCUCUAUUCUCCCUAAAAUACCCCUCUCAUUUAAUAUCCUCACAUUCACUCCUCCUAUCUACCCAACUACCCACCUCCCCAAUUAAACCCUCUCGCCCCUCUUUAGAUCUAAUCUACUCUCUCUCUCUCUGUCAGUUCUUCUUCUCUCCCAAUUCCUAGAUUACGAUCAUUCCUCUCCCAGAUCUAUACAUCUCCGCCUGAAUUCAUGGAAUCUGAUUACUCUCUUUACGAUUCCAUCAUCCCUGAGACGAAAUUUCAGGACAUUGGAGUUGAGGACGAGGUGAUUCAUUUAUCUUCCACCUAUGACGCGAAGAAGGAGGACGAGGUCAUCGUCAUCCACAGCGAUGACGAUGAUGCCGAUGUUACCCCGGUUAGAGAUAAGAACGUAGUUAUCGUCCUUGACUCUAAGGAAGAUUCUCUGUUUGGGAGCAAGGAAGAUGGCAGUUUUGAGGAUGUAGAGGGAUCUGAAUUUUUUGAGAAUCAGACUUCUCCAUCCAUGAACUUACACAUGCACCUCCACAUCGAUCUGCUGAACAUUUUAGUGCCACCCCGGAUCCUAACUUUUGGGCAUCACAGUACAAAAACCCAAAUCUGGAGGAAUUUCUUUUGCUCUUUAGUAUUGGGGGGGUUCCCUUUCUACAGUAUAUACCCCCAUAACCAUUUUCCCAUUUUCGAGAAGGUUGAGCUCAAGAUCGAUAAAUGGUCAUUGAAAUACUUCGUCAUUGAGUUUCCGGUCCACAGCCCCAUCGAUCUGCCGGGUGUCGUCCUUCGCCGCUCCAUUUCCCGGACAAGAUUUGCCGCAGCGGGCUCGGCGGAGGGAGUGUAUAAUGCCCUAAAGGGGAAGGAGGGGUUAAGUCCCCACCACUCUCUCCAAGAGGCAAAUCUGUACAAGAAGGCAGGUUUCUAUUACCCCCUGGGUCCCGACCCGAUCCCGUUCGAGGAGGUACCUUCCCCUGAGAGAUUGGCGACUACUCCUGCCGCGGAGUCUACCCCGGCUGGAAGCUCUUCUAGGGUCCAGUCCCAGGGCCACUCCACUACUAUGGUGGUGCGCAAUCCGGUCGCAUCCCUGGACGUUGUUCCUCUUUCCGCCAUUCCUGGGCUCAGGAGGCCCACUCCGUCCCAAAAACGACCAAGGGAGGGAGUCACCGAUGACGAUUUCCUACCAAAAAGGAAUAGGGGUGAUAACAUCUCCGUUUCACCCAGCCCCCUGUCAACCUCUUCUGGUCCUCAGAACUCUUCUUCCGCUGCCACUCCCGGAAGUUUAGGGCUAGAGGUACCCAACCCGGGAAGUCUGGAUUGGGAGGUAGAUGAACAUCCAGCCGAGGAUGAAGCCGAGGUGCUGCUAGAAACAGAAAUCUCCCACCCAGAGGAGAAUGAGGUGCAACAGACUCAGGAGGAGCAGCGAGAGCCGGACGAACGACAUCCCGCUACUGCUCCCCCGACUGUCAAUCUUCCCAUCCGGAGCAAGUUCACGCCACGGACUUAUUCCGCUUUCGCAGAGGGUUGGGAAGGCUUCUCCCGUGGUUUGAGAUCCCUACAAGCUUCCCAUUGGAUCAUCCAGGGGAAUCUAGAGAGGAUGCAGGGAUCAGUGCAGGAACCCAAAACUCCCCAAGCUCGCCCUGAUCUGCUUGCCCUCAAUGCCUUGCACCUCGUGGAACAGAUCUUGCAAGGGGAAAAUGCUAGGCUUCAAGCAGAUGGCUCCACGGAGCUUGUGGCUGAGAGAUCCAAGGUCCAGUCCCUUCAAGAUCAGAUUGCCAAUUCCCAAAGGGAGACCCAAGAUCUGGAAAUGCAGUUCGAAAGAUUCCGGGCACAAGUCUCCAGUCUGGAAUCAAGGGCCUCAGCUUCAGAAAACCAGGUUGGAAGCCUGAAAGCUGAAUUAGCUGAAAAGGAGUCCAGGAUUUCCACGCUGGAGGAAUCCCUCCAGGAUGCCAAGCGCGAGAGUUCCCGUUAUAAUGAAUUUGCCCUGAAGCAGAUGGAGGCCAGACGGCUCGUCCUCGAGCAGUUGAAAGGAGAGAGACAGGCUGCAAGUGAGCUCCGGGAAAAGGUGGAUGGACAAGAGAAGACGAUCGCUGCUCAUCAAGAGGAGGUGGCCACCCUAAUUGCCCGUGCCCAAGCCCUCUACGAAGAAGGACAAUUUGACAUGCAGCAGUGCAUUUACGGAGCAGUCUGUUAGAAUAAGUGACCAACGCUAGAGGGGGGGUGAAUAGCGUUUGAUCGCAGAAAUCGCAGGAAUAAAAAAUUAAGAACGUGAAAAGUAAAGAGCGUAGAAAGCGUAAAGGGAGCACACCAAGAUUUAUAUUGGUUCACCACAACGUGUGGCUAAUCCAGUCUCCCGAGAGACUCUCUCGAGCUACACUACUUCCGUUAAGCUUACGGGUGCUUAACAAACCGUUACAACCUGAGAACUCGAGUCCCACGAGCCUCAACAACACUUGCUCGG